UUUCUUCGUUCCUUCCUCCCCAUUCUCUCUCUCUCUCGGACUCUUUUAACCAUCUUCCAACUCUUUUCUUCUUCUUCUUCUUCUUCUUCUACUCUUUCAAUCUCUCAUAUUUAACCUAAUUUUUGAUCCCUUUUUUGAUUUUUCCUUUUGUUUUUUUAAUUUGAGAAUUUAAGUUAACCACUGAAUUUGCUGCUGUGAGCUGGGAACUAUUCCUGUAACUUCUAAUUUGGGGUAACUUUGAUCUGAAGAGGAGUUGUGGGCUAGAGUGUUUGUGUAUAGCAGGGUUGGGAAGAGCUUUAAAAGCAGCUACGUUUUAUUGAUAUAAUGGCGGAGAGUCGUCGAUACGCACUCAAUGCUCAAUUAGAUAUUGAGCAGAUACUUCUGGAAGCACAACAUCGGUGGCUGCGUCCUGCUGAGAUUUGUGAAAUCCUUCAAAAUUACAAAAAGUUUCGAAUUGCUCCAGAACCUCCUAAUAGACCACCAAGUGGUUCUCUGUUUCUCUUUGAUCGGAAGGUUCUCCGGUACUUUCGGAAAGAUGGCCAUAACUGGAGAAAGAAGAGAGAUGGGAAGACAGUGAAGGAGGCUCAUGAAAGGCUUAAGGCUGGAAGUGUUGAUGUACUGCAUUGUUACUAUGCUCAUGGAGAAGAGAACGAAAAUUUUCAACGGCGUAGCUACUGGAUGCUUGAAGAGGAGCUAUCACACAUAGUUCUAGUCCACUACCGGGAGGUAAAGGGAAACAGGACAAAUUUCAAUCGCAGUAGGAACGCUGAUGUUAUUCCUGAUAGUCGUCAAACUGAAGAAUCUAUAUCUAAUUCCGAGGUUGACAGUUCAGCUAGAUUUCAACCAUAUGAUUACCAAGGAGCAUCGCAAGCGACAGAUACUAGCCUUAACAGUACUCAUGCUUCAGAGCAUGAAGAUGCUGAAUCAGCAUACAGACAGCAAGCAACUUCUGGAUUCCAACCUAUUCAUGAGUUACAAACACCGCAGAAGACUGAAGUUGGUUCCGUUCCUUGUUAUCCAGUUCCUAUAUCAAAUAUCUAUCAAGGACAAUUUUCAGCUAUUCCUGGUGUGAGUUCUGGAUCACUCACAGAUGGAGAAAAAAAUAAAGACCCUAUGGAUAAUGGUUUGACAUACCAGCUUCACGGAGAACUUGAGUUCCCAUCUUGGGGAAAUGUUGUUGAAAGCAGUAAUGCUGGUUAUCAAUCUGUCAAUUUUCAGCCAUCUCAUCCUUCAACACAAUCUAGUGCAAUGAGCUUGAUGCCUGGACAAGAAAAUCAGCUGCUGGAUCAAGUUUUUACUGGUGUGUUAGGAAAGAAGCAAAAUUUUGGCAGUCAUUCCGGUGGCUUGGAAGAGUGGCAGGCUUCUGGUGGUGAUUCCCUAAACAUAUCAAAGUGGUCCAUGGAUCAGAAGUCAGAUGAUAACCAGAAUUUAGGCCAGAACAGUAAUUAUCCAUCCUUGAGACCGCCUUUCUUGUUUGACCUUACUACCAAACUUGAUGGUGUUAAUCAGGUGGAACUGUGCCACUCAGUGGAGCUUGAUGAUGCAUAUCUUACUGAACAAAGUCGACACCCUAUGCAAAAUGAUCUUCGACUGCAACCCUUGACUGCUGUAGGAAGUUCUCUUAAAUUACAGUCCGAUGGAAACCCGAAGAUAGAUGAUAAAACCAGUUAUCCAGCCUUCAGACAGCCUCUAUUGGAUGGCAUUAUCGGAGAAGGUCUUAGAAAGCUAGACAGCUUUGACCGUUGGAUGAGUAAAGAACUAGGUGAUGUGACUGAGUCAACCAUGCAGCCUGGUUCUGGGGCAUACUGGGGGACUGUUGGCAGUGAAGAUGGGGAUGAUACUGGUAUCUCCAGUCAAAUGCCCUUAGAUAACUUUAUUCUUGGUCCCUCUCUCUCUCAAGACCAGCUCUUUAGCAUUAUUGACUUCUCCCCAAACUGGGCAUAUUCUGGGUCAGAAAUUAAGGUUCUUGUUAUGGGAAAAUUCUUGAGGAGUCGAGAGGAGGUAGAGAAGUAUAAAUGGGCAUGCAUGUUUGGUGAACUGGAGGUCCCUGCAGAGAUUGUGGCAGAUGGUGUUCUUCGAUGCCAUACACCUUCACAUGCGACUGGCAGGGUUCCAUUUUAUAUAACAUGUUCCAAUAGGUUAGCAUGCAGUGAAGUCCGGGAAUUUGAAUUCCGCUCUAGUUCUAUUCAAGAUGUUGAUCUUGCCGAUGUUGGAAGCAUUACUUCUGAUGAAACUCUUCUUCACAUGAGAUUUGGAAAAUUGUUGUCUCUGGGAUCGGGCAACUCCCAGACCUCUGUGGAGAGUAAUGCUGCUGAAAUCUCAAAGUUGCGCAGUAAAAUCAGUGCAUUGCUGAAAGAUGACUCUGAGUGGGAACAAAUGUUAAACCUUACUAAACAGGAUGAGUUUUCAGCAGAUAAGGUCAAGGAUCAGCUCUUACAAAAGCUUUUAAAGGAGAAAUUGCAUGUUUGGCUUCUCCAGAAGGUUGCUGAAGGCGGGAAGGGUCCUAAUGUACUGGAUGAGGGUGGUCAAGGUGUGCUGCAUUUCGCCGCUGCUCUAGGUUAUGAUUGGGCGAUACCACCCACUAUAGCUGCAGGGGUGAGUGUCAACUUUAGGGAUGCAAAUGGAUGGACUGCCCUUCACUGGGCAGCGUACUACGGAAGAGAGCGCACAGUGGCCUUUCUCAUCUCUCUUGGUGCAGCUCCUGAAGCAUUGACAGACCCCACUCCCACAUAUCCUGCUGGAAGACCUCCUGCAGAACUUGCAGCCAGCAAUGGACACAAAGGCAUCGCUGGUUAUCUUUCAGAAUCUCUCUUGAGCUCACUUAGCUCCCACAUAUCAUCACUCAACUUGGAGGAUUCAAAGGAGAGCAAUGAUAGAGGAAAAAGUGUGGAAACAGUUACUGAGCGGAUUGCAACUCCAGCUGGCUAUGGUGAUUUACCCCAUGGGCUGUCCAUGAAGGAUUCGUUAGCUGCUGUACGUAAUGCAACUCAAGCUGCAGCUCGCAUUCAUCAAGUUUUCAGAGUACAGUCGUUUCAGAGAAAGCAGCUCGAAGAGUAUGGUGAUGGUGAAUUUGGAAUGUCAGAUGAGCGGGCACUUUCACUUCUAGCUCUAAAGACCAAGAAGGCAGGACAACAUGAUCAACCAGUUCAUGCUGCUGCAGUACGGAUACAAAACAAAUUCCGCAGUUGGAAAGGCAGAAAAGACUUUCUGUUAAUCCGACAGCGGAUAAUUAAAAUUCAGGCCCAUGUCAGAGGACACCAGGUGAGAAAGAACUACAGAAAGAUAAUCUGGUCCGUCGGAAUUUUAGAUAAAGUCAUACUAAGGUGGCGGCGGAAAGGAAGAGGUUUGAGUAGAUUCAGGCCUGAAGCACUAGGUGCGGGCACUAGCAUGGUAGAUGAAGAUGACUAUGAUUUCCUGAAAGAAGGUAGGAAACAAACUGAGGAGAGACUGCAGAAGGCCCUUGCUAGAGUGAAAUCAAUGGUUCAGUACCCGGAAGCACGAGAUCAAUAUCGCAGGUUGCUGAAUGUUGUCUCAGAAAUGCAGGAAACAAAGGCUGUGUACGACAAGGUCUUGAACAACUUCGAAGUUGAUUAUGAUGAUGAUCUGAUCGACCUCGAAGCUUUGUUGGACGAUGAUACCCUCAUGCAAACAGCAUCAUAGCUUUAAUCCCAUCACCACAUUGUAUACGCCUACCUUAAACUGGUAAGUUCUAUGAUUAGGUUGCACAGGUUCACUUGUACAUUUGACUUGACUGAUUGAUUUAAUCUCACAGUAUGUCAAGAAUGGAAAGAUUGAUGGUAGAGUUGGUACUAGUGUGAUAGAACUCUGAUUACGUAUGGAGAUCUAGUGAAAUUUGUAGUGUAAUGUGAAACUUGAACCUCUUUCCUUGUAUUUUGCAACAGUUUUUCUUUUGUAGGAUUGUAGUGCUGUACAUUAGUUGGUGUAAUCAGGAACAAGGGUUUGAUCUCUCUCCCUCAACAGACUCACAGAAGCUGUUUUUUUAGAGUUAUUUACUUCAACAUUA